UUUCUGCUAGACACCAAUGUGGUCUCGGAGUUGACAAAAGACGCGCCAAAUCCGCGGGUUCUCGCAUUCCUGACCGAACAAGACGACUUGUGGUUAUCCGCGAUAGUGUUGCAUGAGCUGGAGUUUGGCUUGCAACUGCUGCCGCCGGGACCACGUCGCGACGGGUUGCGGUCGGUGCUGUCAGAGUUCAUUUCGGCGUAUGAGGACCGCAUCCUGCCCUUGGAGAGGACGGGGGCAGAGCGGGCUGCCCAAUUCCGGGCGCAGGCGCAUCGCUCCGGUCGCGUGCUGGACUUGGGGGAUGCGCUGAUCGCCGGGACAGCCAAAGUUCAUGGCCUCUCUGUUGCGACGCGGAACGUCGGGGACUUCGCAGACCUAGACGUGGACGUCACCAACCCUUGGGAAGACGCCUUAACCCCCCUCAACCAAUCCACCGUCGAAGCGAGUGAGGAUAGUGCCGACCCACUGGAAAAGGAGACUGGAAAUAAUGCGGAACAUGGCGAAUAA